AUGUUCAUACCCACAUGGAUAGCGCCGAACGUGUUGACGUUAGCUGGUUUCAUUUGUGUUCUUAUUGGUCAUUUGGUUAUCACUUACUACGAUUACUACAUGGACGCGAACACACACUAUCCUUCAACAAUUGGAUGCAUCUAUGCUUUUGACAAUGAGAAUCGUGACAGUAUCUGCAGUUAUCGUCGUCAAUUUUGCAAACACCCAAGCAAAAAAGAUAUUCUGUUAAAUUGCCAUGUUGAAGCGGCGAUACCCAACUGGGUUUGGCUCUUUCUGGCGAUCACGUUUUUUGCCUAUUAUGCGCUCGAUGGAAUGGAUGGAAAACAAGCACGACGAACCGGAACGUCGAGUCCAAUCGGAGAACUUCGUAAGUUCACUUUGAGUUUCGAACUGGAGACGCUUCCAAAUGCUAUCCACGGCUGUCGACAGAAGGAGGAUGAGAGAGCGUGGGAAAAAGAAAGGGACAGAAGAGGAGAUUAA